AGAGUAGUCGCUGUCAUCUACAGGUGCGACCAAAGUAUAUAUCGAUUUGGAUAUGCCUGAAACAGCUGAGCUCCAUACGAGGUAUCGCUUGGAAGAUGAUAUCAUAGAGGAAACAGGGUCGGAAGCCCACUUGCAAGGAACAAUUCAAGAACAAAUGCUCUAUAACAGAAAGACACUAAGAUAAAUAACUGAAAUUGCAUAUGAAUCUGAAAAACAGGAAAAGUUCUAUACUGCAGAAGCAACCAUUAAGUCAAUUGAUACAUCAGAUGAGUGGUACUACAUAGGAUGCGGCAAAUGUAACAAAAAAUACAAAAAGAAGGGAAUCACUUCUACUGUCCAAAAUGUGAGAAAGAACCUGAGAAGACAUGUCCAAGGUAAAUUUGAUAAUAUCUCAUGUUUUAGGUAGUAAUUUAUCCUCCACUUACCAGAUGUGUCAUUUUGUUACUAGGUACAAACUUAAGCUAGAGAUAUGUGAUCAUACUACAACAACAACUUGCACCAUGUUUGAGACAGACGCAAAAAAACUGAUUAAGCAAUCUGCAAGAUUCUUGAUAGAUAGGGAUGACUAUGAUAUCCAUGAGCAGGCAGAAAAAUUUCAGAAAAUAUGUGGGCAGAGAUUGAUUUUUCAGUUCAGACUGAAUGACUAUAAUUUCAAGUACGGUUACCAAGAUUACACUGUUCAUAGAAUAUUUUUUAUGGACCCUGAAGAAGAUUCAUCGGUACAACACGUUAAUGUUGAACAUAACAGUACGAAGGGCACUAAAAAUUCUAGGACUAGGAACACAUGUCGCGUUGUACAUUCUGAUGAAGAAUCAGAAGAGGAUAGCCAGGAGAAAGAUGCAUGCAAAUUCAAGGAAUCUAGCCCCAAAAGAAAGCGUACAAUAAGCAUUACUGAAGACAAAGAUUCUGAAAAAGAUGGAACUGAGAAUUAUUCAAAGACCAGCAUAAGGCUUACUGGUGUUGUUGAUAAGGGAUCUAAGAAGAAAGGAAUUCAGAAUGAUAACCAUGAGCAAGUGAAAAAAUUAUCACUUUCAAAAACUAUAAAGCAAGAAUCAGAGGAUGAUGAACUCACUAUUGACCAGACUAAAAGGGGUAGGAGACGGAGCACAGGUCGUGCUGCACAUCUUGACGAUGAAUCAAAAGCUGAAGGUAGUCAGGAAAUAAACAAAUCCAAAUCUAUGGAAUCAAGCCCCAAGAGGAAGCGUGUUGUAGGCAAAUGCGCCGGUGUUUAUCAGGAGCACAAUAAUUCAAGGCCUAGGACAAGGCUUAGUUGUGUCGAUAAAAAAUCACUAAGCAAAGGCAUUCAGAAGUCUGGUGUAUUAAGGACUCGAAAGACAAGUCGCUAAUUUGUGGAGAUCCGUUAAUUUAGGAUGUAGUACAAUAGAUGGGAGCAUCACAUUUGUACUUUAUACGAACUUCGUCAUUGUUUAAGAUAUUUUUAAUAAACGUGAAGGCAUACCUUUGUGUUAG